GAGUUUCGUGCGGUGAUACGCAGACAGGAGCGGGGUGUCCCGUUGGUGACGUGCAGAUCCGAAUAAGAAGGUCUGACUGGUCGGUUGGCUCGUUCAUUUUUGUCAUGUGCGACAUGCAUCUAACCACAUGCCCAUCGCUUAUCGUUGUCACCAACGCCAGCAUUACCCGACCGACAGCUUCUCCAUCGAACAAGCCCCGUGGACAGCUCAAGUUCUCAACAACCACCCCUUUCCGCAUGCACUCACAGACGAACCAACUUCCCAACCAACCGCUGUGAUAUAUACGGGUAAUCAGUGGAUGCAGAUCACCAUGGAGAGUGCUAAGAACUCGUCAAAGUCGAGCAACAUGAAGGAAAUUCUUGCUCGACUGGGCGGUGUUUUCCCCAUGGAUGAAGAAGUUGUUUUGAAGCCCACUGGUCGUAUCAAGGCCCUGGAACCAACCGGUGGCCAGAAAGAGUAUUUCAUCAAGGUUGCCUAUGGUGAGCAAGGGCGGGUCAUGCUGAACGGGGAAGCCAUGUCGUCUCUGAUGAUCUACGACCUCAUGCCGGACUUCAUGCCGAAACCCGUUGGAUUCGGCGCCUAUCAACAAGAGCAAGCUGCGUAUUUCUAUCUCUCCGAAUUCGUGGACAUGGUUCGUCGUCCAUCUCGUUCAUUCGCAGAGCAAGAACUUACUUGCACGAAAUAG